UUCGAACUCGAAUAAUCCAAAGACACUCUUAGUUUCAGUUCGUCUUUCGGCCGCUAAAAGGUGAGACUUUCAUAACUAUUUUCAUGGUUGAGCGGUCAAGAUUAUAUUUGAUUAACUGCAAGUAAACAACAGAAUUCAUUACGAUCAGUCUUAAGCUAAGAUUUUCCUGUUUCCGCACGUUCCCGAAACGAGUGUGCACUGGGCUGUGUAUUAUAUGAAACGUUGCAAAAACAAAGAUGGAAGAAAGUGGCGUAGCCUUAGUCAGCACGGAGUGGAGUUGUAUUUGUUGAUGUGGUUAUACGUGUGUAUGCAUACCUGGAAGCGUUGAAAAAAUACACAUUGUGUUGUGUUUUGUGAAACAAGUAUAAUGCAACAAAUCGAUACAACUGCACCGCACAGCAGCCAACGCUAAAACCAUGGACUUCGGCUGUGUGAGUCGUGCGGCUGUUUUGGUGAUUGUGCGUCUGUGUGAGUUGUACUGGCGGGUGGAAUAGUUUUUCUGCCGUAGGAUUUUGCAAACAUAAUCAUGAUACUGUAAAUAUGGAAAACAAAAUAAUAAGACAGCGGUCUCAAUGUGCUUCAGAAUUGUAUUUUCUAAUUACGAAGUUCUUGGAUGCUAGCCCUUGUCAUCAGACAGCAGCGGUGUUAAAACAAGAACUUCAGCGCCUGAAGAUACUGCCGAGGCGACUCGAUUGGCAAGGAAAUGAACAUGAACAAACUUUUGGUGAACUGGAGCGGAAGUAUCCACACAUUGGGCCAAAUCAUCUACUUGAAGUGUGCAGAAGACUUGGCCCUUUGUUAGACCAGGAACUGAAGCCAAGUUUACCAGGACUAACAUCCCUGCUUGGCGCAGGACGACAGUCUUUACUUAGAACUCAAAAAGAUCACUGCACUCACAAUUUAUCUAUUGUUGAUUACGCAGUUAGGAUAAGAGGAUGCCCUCUGAUUGAUCCUGCUGGUGUGAACAGGCAGCAUAACUUAGUUAAGGUGCUCCAGGGUCGUGAACUCUCAGGUCCUCUGAAACGCCACCAGGCUGUCUCAUCCAAGUUGUAUAGCAAGCUGCAGCUUUAUUGCCGGACUUUAGGUCAUCUUUCAGCUGUAUAUUGCCUUCUUUUUGAUCGAACUGGAAGAUAUGUUAUUACGGGUGCUGAUGACCUUUUGGUGAAAAUAUGGAGUGCCAUAGAUGGACGUUUGUUGGCAACAUUGAGAGGGGCAUCAUCAGAAAUAACAGACAUAGCUGUAAAUGUAGAAAACACACUUUUGGCAGCUGGGAGCUUGGAUAAGAUACUGAGAAUAUGGAGUCUUCAAACAUCUGCCCCCGUGGCAGUAUUGACGGGGCAUACAGGAAUGAUUACAUCAGUCCAUUUCAGUCCUAUGAUAAAGUACGAUAUGCGUUAUGUAGUUACAACAAGUACUGAUGGAUCAGUUGCAUUUUGGAUUUAUCACCGCCUUAGCAGGAGAAAAUAUAAUUUUAUCCCGAAGCCAAUUGUUUACAAUGAACGAAUGAGACCAGGACAGGCACAAAUGAUCUGUGCUGCAUUUAGUCCAGGUGGUUUGUUCCUAGCUGCAGGAAGUGCAGAUCACCAUGUAAGAAUCUAUUUAAUGACUGCGGGUGCAGAAGAUGGACCAACAAGAAUAUUGGAAGUAGAAGGGCACUCAGAUCGUGUAGAUAGUAUACAAUGGGCUAACACAGGUCUGCGAUUCAUAACUGGAAGUAAGGAUGGAACUGCACAGGUAUGGCAGUUCAAAUGUCAAGAGUGGCGCCCUCUGCAGCUUACCAUGAGCACAAAGCUGCCUGGAUCUUCUGAUACCACUGAUGAUCCAAAGGUGAAACUGAGGGUUUCAAUGGUUUGCUGGAAUCGAAGUGAUCAGUUUGUAAUUACAGCUGUCAGUGACUAUAGUAUUAAAGUAUGGAAUUCAUCAACAGGUGCUCUAGUGCAGGUUCUAAGAGGGCAUAAGGAUGAGGUAUUUGUGUUGGAAGCUCAUCCAUUUGAAGCUAACAUAUUGCUAAGUGCGGGACAUGACGGGCAGCUUAUUAUUUGGGAUAUAAUAGCUGGGACGCAAGUUAUAUCAUUCCAGAAUGCCAUCGAAGGUCAAGGGCACGGAGCUCUGUUUGAUGCAAAGUGGUCACCAGAUGGAACAAUGUUGGCCGCUUCAGAUUCUCACGGCCACCUUCUCGUUUACGGGUUUGGACGUGGCAGUGACAGAUUUCAUAAGUUGCCAAAGGAAAUGUUUUUCCACACAGAUUAUCGGCCUCUUAUUAGAGAUGAUAAUCAUCACGUAUUAGAUGAGCAAACUCAGAUAGCACCACAUUUGAUGCCACCUCCAUUCCUUGUAGAUAUUGAUGGAAACCCUUAUCCACCUUUUCUGCAGCGUCUUGUACCUGGUCGAGAGAACUGUCAAGGAGAACAACUCAUUCCAAAUGUUGCCUGGCUUGCUGGAGGACAUCAAGAAGUUAUUGAAGGUCUUCCAACCAGUGAACCACGUUCAAAUAUAGACCAAAUGAUUGCUGCGCUUGCAAAUCGUCAAUUGGGCUCUGAUGGUUCUGCAGCAGCAGAAGCUGGUGAACAAUCAAGGCCAAAUUUAGCACCUAGAGCAGGACCAAGGUUUGGAUUUCGUCGGAAUGGUGAUGUGGAAGGUGUUAGACAGUCUAGUGGUAACUGGCAGCGAGACACAGAUUUUUGUUGGAACCGAGGCACUCUUAUUAAGCCUUUUGAUUCCGAUGUGCUGCAGGAUUUGUGGCAUAAACAAACUGCCAACUAUAAUUCAGAAAUGGAGCAAUACCGAAUUGAGCAGUGCAGGCGUCCCCCAGAACCCCCACCUCAGCCACCAUCAACUUCAGUUGGGAAGAGACGACGCGGUGUUCGCAAUCAGCAUCAGCACAAUUACAGAACUAGAGCUGCUCAGGAGCAAAAUGUCAAUGCGGAAUCUGAGAAUCCAGAAAACAAUGAUGUUACUGCAAGCUUGUCAUCAGCAACUGAUCACAAUAAUGAUGACUCGACUGCUCGUGAGGAAGAUUUGGCUUCCAUGAGUUCGAGUUCUGACACAGAAAGUUCUGAAUACUCCGAUUGGGUGGCAGAUGCUGGUGUGAACCUGGAGCCACCUAAAAGAAGUCCUGUGAGAAGAAGAGCCCAAGCUGCUCAGACUAAUCAUAGGCCUAUAAGACAGAGGAAGAAGGUAUUUCCAGCUGUCAACAAUUUGUCAGAGGUUCCUGAAGCUUUCCGUCCAACUGAAUGGCUUUCAGAAAUUAUACCAAGAAAAGCUCCUUAUUAUCCUCAGAUGGGUGAUGAAGUGGUUUAUUUUCGCCAAGGCCAUCAACUGUAUCUAAAUGCCGUGAGAAACAAGAAACUGUAUGAUUUGGGCAAUAGGUGUGAGCCAUGGGCUAAACAAACAAUAAGAGCACACGAGCUAGUGAAAGUAAUCGGUAUUAAAUAUGAAAUCCGACCACCUCGGCUGUGCUGUUUAAAACUUGGCCUGAUGAAUCCUGAUGGGCGCCUAACUGGAGAAAACUUCACUAUAAAAUAUCACGAUAUGCCAGAUGUUCUAGAUUUUUUAGUUCUCAAGCAGACAUAUGAUACGGCAGUUGCACGUAAUUGGAGAGUUGGUGAUCGUUUCCGUUGCAUGAUUGAUGACAGUUGGUGGAUGGGUGUCAUAGAAUCACAGAGUCCACUGGAACAAGAAUUUCCUGAUUCACAUUUUAUGUGCUACAAAGUAAGAUGGGACAAUGGAGAAUAUGAACACAUGAGCCCUUGGGAUCUGGAGCCAAUUAAUGAAGAUCGUCUCCCACGAAUCACUGGUGGAGCUGUACCUGUAUUACCACAGGAAAUUCAAGCAACACUUUAUCAGCCUCAGCCUGAAGAAUGGCCUAUGGGUGACAGGGAUGCUGCAUGUAGACGCAUCCUUGCUGGUUUAGAUCAAGUAAUGAGUCUCUCUAUUGCAGAACCCUUCAUUGCCCCAGUGGAUCUCAACCAGUAUCCCUCAUAUGCAUAUGUUGUGGAAUAUCCAAUUGACUUAUCAACGAUCAAGGGAAGAUUUGAAAAUCGGUUUUAUCGUCGUGUUACAUCGGCACAGUUUGAUGUUAGGUAUAUAGCUACAAAUGCUGAAAAGUUUAAUGAGCCAGGAAGUCAGAUUGUUAAGAAAGCUCGUAUUGUUACUGAUUUGUGCCUGAGAGUUAUCAAAGAUCGAAACUUCAUCGAUGUACCAGCACUUUAUCAUCAACUGCUGGAUGCAUAUCAAUCAUCAGAUUCUGAAUAUGAGGUGGAUCUGAAUGAACCAGGUCCAAGUAAUGGCCGCAGAAGGUCAAAUCGCUUAACAUUAAAAAGAAAUUUGGCUAUGUUAAGAAGCAGUAAACAAAAAGAUUGGCAGGGAGAGUGUCGUCAGCUGCUUGAAAUGCUGUGGCAGUGUGGGGACUCGGCGCCUUUCAGGGAACCUGUGGAUGCUUUGGAGCAUCCAGAUUAUUAUCAAGUCAUUGAUACACCUAUGGAUCUAAGAACUGUGAAAGAGGAUCUUUUGGGUGGAAACUACCAAAGUCCUCUUGAAUUUGCCAAAGAUGUGAGACUCAUUUUCUCUAACUCCAAGAAUUACAACACUAAUAAUAAAUCAAGGAUAUACUGCAUGACUGUUCGUUUAUCAGCAAUGUUUGAAGUACAUAUGGAAACAAUAAUAUUAAACUGGAAGUCAGCAAGACGGCGUGAAUUGUCAGAGAAAAGAGAAACUUUGGAAAUAAAACCACUCAGACCUGUUACAGGUGUGACAACACGUAGAGUGACAAACUGUUUGAAAGCUGUGAAUGGGGCUGGCACCUCAAGGGAGCUAAACAAUGACAGUGAAGAUAGUGAUACAGGGAGUGAAGUGGAAGAAAAAGUUAAAAAGCCAAUAACAAGAAAAGCAGCUGCCCAUAAAAAACCUCAAGGUGGAGAGGCUGUCACAAAUGGACAUAUACGCAGUAAAUCUUCAUCUCAUCCUGCAAUACGUUUGAAAAUAAAUUUCCAGAAUGUUAAAACUGGAAGUGAAUCAGAUAGUGAGAGCAGAAGCAGAAGCAAGAGCAAUAGUAGCAGCGGUAGUGGUAGCGGUGGCGUAGGCGGAGGUGGUGGCGCUGGUGCUGGCGGUGGUGGCGACGGCGGCAGCAGCAGUAGCAGCAGCAGCAGCAGUAGCAGCAGCAGCAGCAGUGGAAGUAGCAGCAAAAAUGACAGCAGCAGUAGCAGUAGCAGUAAUGGCAGCACCAACAGUACUGCUAGUAGCUCUAGCAGCAGUGACAGCACUAAUAAAAGUAACACUGCUAGCACAAGUACUGCUAGUAGUAAGAAGAAGAAAACAAAAAAUGACAGGAAAAAUAACAACAUAAACAGAAGUAGUAGCAGCACUAGUAGCCAGUCAUCUAGGAAACUUGCAAGUCUCCGUAUUACUAAAACAAGAAUUCAGACAAGAGGGAAGAAGAGAGUGCAUCCUACAGAUUCUGAUGAUGAUUAUCGUGUUGUAGCUGCAACAACAAGUGUUAGAUCAGUACGUACACGUAACCGGGGGCGCCAGAGAGUACACUACCAGGACCAGUUGAGUGAUCGUGGACAAGGUGGUGACAGUGACAGUGAAAGUGCUAGUGUACCGAUCAGGACUGCACGGAAAGUGUCCAGACGUUCCCAGCACUACCGAGAAGAAACUGAUGACAGUGAUGACCGCGUCGAGCCCCGGAGAUCGACGCGACCUCACAAGCGGCGUUAUCUGAACGAUGCUGCUAAAAGUGAUGGAGGAAGCAGCGAAGGUACAGACGGAGUGCGGAACUUGCGGCCCUCAUUGCGAACUCCAGCUGUGCGACGCCCGAGGCGGCGAGCUGUGUCUUCUGCACAUUAUGCUGAAGACAGUGGUGCAGAGAGCUCAGAUCACACACCUGCUGUUAGUGUCAGUAGCAGAGGACGAGUUCGUAAGCUGACUCCUAGAGCACGGGCUCUUUUUGCCAAAUAGCAGUGGGUGCACACCGGCGCCGGCGUGAGUUCCCGUGGACGCUUGCGGAGAUUAACUGUUAAGGCGCAAGCGCUGUUGGGUGAAUAGCAUUAGCUCUCGUCCUGUGUGUCUGGUGUGCUAUGUUUGCAUGGAAACUGCAUCCUGUAUGGUUGUGGGUAUUAUGACAUAUGCUAUAGCUGUCUUGAAUGGCAAGUUGUGAUUACUUGUCACUGGUGUUGAUACCUGUCCGAUAUGAUAGGUCUGUUACAGUAUAGCCACUGUCUGUUUUCGUAUUGUUUGCACAUAUUUAAUGUUACCCUUUUACUAGUGCAAACAUAUAUUUGGUACUGUGUACCACCAUUUGCACACUGUGUACAUAUUAUUGCUUGUAUUGGUGGAUCUCAUAUAACAUUAAGAGAUAGAUAACAUGGCGUUGAAUACUGUUAGCACACUGCAGUUGUGUGAAACUGGAUUUUGCACACACUAUUAUUUAUGUAAAGUGAAAUGGAUCUAUUCACAGCCAGUUUGUGGUUAUGAGGAAACUUCUACUGGAGUUUUAAAAGAACACUGCAAUUUGUCCCUUCAGAAGCCAUGCAGCAUGUGUUAAAUGGGGUUUCAACAAUAGAAUUCAGUCCUAAUACAGUAUACAUUCUGUAUUAAAAACUGAAAGUUGUUUCCAAAUGCAUUAAAUUUCAUGUCAAUGCUCUUUCAGAGGAAUGUUUGACUGAAUCAGUUUGUCUCUGACUGAAAUUUGGAGUGAGUAACAUGUACAUAUUCCCACAAAUAAUUUAGUUUUAAGCAAGUAAUUUAUAUUAAUUACAAAGUAUUUUAGAUAUAAAAAUAUAUUUUUCAUGUUGAACUUAUUUAAAAUAGUAUGGAAGACAAUUUAUGAAGGAAAAAGUGAAUUGAGUGUUCCAUUUCUCUGUGAGCGAUAAUUUUCACUGCCAGAAUCAUUCCCCAUAUUGAAAAGACUAUUUAUUAGUAAUCUCAUGACACUGAAGUAUCCUAUUGGGGUACUGUACGAUGUAUGAGCUACGCAAUAAAGAUCACAAAUACUGCUACCAGCUACUGUUUUAAUUUAUUUUACUCAGUAAUUUUCAGGAAGUAUGCUUUUGUUUUAGGUGUGGUCACACUUUAAGUUUAUAAUGUAUUUUGGACUGUACAGCUCCCAUCCUAGUAUUCACAUUUCAAAAGCUGGAAAAACUUUCAUGAAUGCACAACUUUGUGUAAAGUUGUGUUGUUUCAGGAAAUGUAGUGGAGUGAUGAUAAUCUUGUCUAGAAUGAAACAAGAUAUAGACAAAUUAACACAUGACUAAAAUUCACUGUAUAGCUUGAACUAGCAACCAUUGAAUGACAGUACCAUAACCUUUGUGUCCAUCACCUAAUUUCUAGAAUACAAGUGACAUAUUUCUAAACUCCAGCUGUUGUCUUAAACUGCUGCAGGUCAAUGACAGAAUAGCUUCAUGUAUAAGACGAAAUUGAGUUUUAUUAUUCAGUCUUCACUGAAAUAAGUCCAUCGUUCAGUUACUCAGUACAAGUUAAGUAUCAAAUCCCCAAAAAUCCAUGGUUAAAAUAAGAUUUCCUCUGAUCUGAAUAAAGCUUCAGAACUUCCUGACUGUAAAGGGUGCAGGAGGAACAAGGGAGGGAGGAAGAAGAAUGUGACACUUGGAAUGAAUUCAAUUUUUGAAAAUAUAUUUUAAGUUGAAUGGAAAUUUUACUGGUGGCAGCAUUUGAGAAAUUUAUUGCAUGAUAUUUGUGAUUAGGAAUGGAGAGAGGCAUGUUGAAGAUCUUUCAUGAUUCAUUGUAGACAACUUUCAAUUAGAAACUUAAUUUUUAUUUUUGGGACGGUAUGUAUUAAUCUUCAGUGAAGUAGCAAAUACCCCACAGGACAAAAAAUUGCCAUAUGUUGCUCUCUUUUAUAGUCUCAAAUUCAUUAAUGUUCAUAAGAUUAAUAUUUUUUGCAUACUAAUAGUCAACCAAAAGUGGAUAUAGAUAUUGUGAUGUGUCUGUCAUACAUAAUUUUACCAUACCUUUUUUUUAAAAUGUGCCUAGUGUUUUUAUCGCGCCCUUUAAUGACUAGAAAUGUAUUGGUGUGACUACCUAUUGUAAGUCAACAUUUUUGCACUCGAGUAUCUUGAAAUUUAUUUUGCAUUAUUUUGAGUGUAAAUAACAAAAAUAUGAUAUGUUGGUUGUGCUCAGAUCAUGUUCUGAUAGUUUCUUGGUGUAAUACAAAUGUCUUGCUAUGUCAUCAGUGUUUUGGUGACAAGGGAGUGGAAGCCAACCAUAUGAUGUACUUAGCAGUGGAGAUCACGUGGUAAAUAAAUGUUAUGGCAGUCAGUCGAUUAUUGCAUGGUCUUCAGAGCCUGAUGGCAGGAUUCCCUUUUUUUGUCUAGAGAGGGAACAGCUUCCUACAAUUGUUUCAGAAAGCAUGUUCAGUAUAUGGCUGUGUAAGAUAAAAAAUUGUAAUUGAAUUUCUGCUUACUGAAUGCUAUUUGACUGAUUGAAGGCUGCAGCGCUACCUUCCAGUGGGUACAGUUCUUCAAAAAUAAUGAAAUUAUUUUUUUUUUUCAUGUAGUCAGAAUUUUAUGCAGUAUUUGUGCCAGUAUUUUAUCUGUCCUUGGUAGUUAUUUGAAACUUUUCUUAUCGGAAAUUCACUGUUCAUUUCAAUAUUUUAGUAUUCAUUUUGGCUCUUAACAAGUGCCAAACUAGACCCUUUUAGUGAAGUGGAAUCAUAUUUCAUCAUAACAAUUACAUUUUCAUUGUAUAUGUACACUGAACAUUAUCAUGAAAUAGUAAUAGUAAUGUGCAUAUUUCUGAUAAGCAGUCCAUUACAAAAUAACUAGCUGAUUUGUAGUAGAAUUGAGUAGUUCUGCUUGCUUAAGAACUUUACGGAGACCUAAUGUCGAUUUGAUGUGGAUCCACUGACAGGGAGAAUGCGUCAUUGAACAAGAUGUGUGUUUCAUACUACAACUGAAUGUGUGUUGUCUUGAUUCAGGACAGAGCAAAUGAGAAAUCAGUGGACCUUCAAAGGAAAACUUUUUUUUAGGGGAGACGACAGUGAUAAAAGGUAGGGAGAAUGAGAAGAAAAGUAAAAAUAAGAACCAACUAAAAUUGUUUAUCUAAAACUCUGAUUUUCAAGUUCUGCUCAUCAAAGACUGAAUAAGUACUGCAAGGAUUUGCAAGGCAAUGUUAAGAUGAUUGUAAUUUGUGUGGUAGUGCACUGUUAACAGGCCUUUCAGACAUAGUCGCCAUAGUUUGAUGGUUAAUUACAGGCCACAUCUGGCACUUUCAACAAAUUAUUUCCAGCCAAGAGAGAGUGACUUGUUAACAGUUUGUUGUCAUUACCUACUUUAUUUAUGGUAGUGCCAUGUUGCAGUAUUGUCCACUAUCUUUUGUAUUGUGAAGCUUGUAUGUUCUUUAAAGUUCACCUAUUUAAUAUAUCCAUGAGAGAUUAAAAAGUGGAACAGAUGUUGCAGUAACAUUAUUGUCCAUUAUAUUAAUCGUAUGAAUAAAUGAUAGCACAGAUCUAGCAGAAUAAUGUGGGAGAUUUGUUGGUACAAAUUAUCAGAAAAAGAUUAGCACUUCAGAAUGCUGACACAAUUAAUUCAGGAACAGACUUAUUUGUGCCUUAUCUAAAAUAAAACUUUUCGUCAUGUCUUGCAAUUGCAUUUUACAAGUGAUCUUAAUUUCAAGUUGUAUAAUUAUGGAUGACUUCUGAAAUACCAAAGUAUUUUGACCAAAGGAAGAAUAGUUUAAAUUAUUAUUACUAUUGAUAGGAAGAAUACUUAACUAAGCUCUCACCUUCUUUGGUAGUUGUGACUGAACACAACAUAAGCUGUCUCUUCAGUCCAAAUGACUGAUACAAGACUAACAUGCUAAUGUACAGUGUGUGUUUAAUUUCUCAGCCAGGACCUGUUUAAUUGUUUGCACAGUAGUAAUGAAAUGGAGGCCAUUGUUUUCAUCUUCUCUCAUUGCAGUACUAAUUACACAGCAUGGCCUUUUGUGUGCAAUUGCCAUAAUUUUCAAAGACUGUAGUAUGUGUCUUGAAAUAAGCUGCUAAAUUUACACAAUUUCUGAAAUGACACUCUGUGUCAGAGAGAGAUAUCUGUAAAACAAGCAAGGAAACAAUUAACUACAACUUUUUGUGCUAGGAUGUCAAGUUAAAUCAAGAAUCUUGGAUGUUUAUUAGUAACAUAUUUUACUAGUGAUCUUUGCUGCUGGUAGGCAGUGAAAUUUAAAUUCCAAUGUUUUCUGGAUCUUAGAAACAAUCACAUGUGUCUGUGACUGAGUGGUAUUGGAUGUUUCUUGUGUUUUAUGAAAUACACAACAUGUUUUUUCCUACUUGUUUUGUCAUUCAUAGUAGCUUGACUAGAGCCAGUUCUUUUUAUGUUAGUUUCAUAAUUAUUUUUUCACUUAUCUUUUUCAGAUUUAUGGUAUCUGUUGCAGGAUACUAUGUGGAAACAUAUAUUUAUAUGUAAACAUUGUGUUAUUUUUUUAUAAAGGACUUUUAAGGUUGAGGCAGUCAGAAUUAUCGUUAAUUCCUACUUUCACCUUUACACACAUAGCUGUCUUGAUUCAGAUGUAGUUCAUGACUGUUUGUGGACCCAUUUUUCAUCAUGGAUAAUAUUACUGAACGAUUUACAACAGCUUUUCAGAGUCUUUUGUUAACGUGAUGCUGUUGUUAUAUCGCACUUUUUAGUUCAUUCCCGAACAUUUUUCUGGUCUAUAGGAAAGUAUAGGUUAUAGCCAACACCAGAGAGAAAACUGGCUUCAUCUGUUACUGAAUAUACUGAGUUAUAAAUUAAAGGAGACAGAAGAGGGAAUGUGCUCCAGUCUGCUCUUGAACACAGUUAGCUACCAAUGGCAUCAACUAACCAUAGAGCUCUGCACUACUUAACUGGUAUUUUAAAUGUAGUUUUCAUGAGUGCUUUGGCAGCAAAUCUAGCCAACUGAUAUGUAUCACACUGAGCUGUUGUCUUUGUUUUAGUUGAAGUUUUGCUCAUCAUAUGUGAGAGGAUACAUACAAUCUUGCAUUGAGAAUUAUGCUCUCCUUUUGGAUGAUUCUAAAUUCAAAUGAGACACAGAAAAAACAAAGGUGCAGAAAUGUCUAAAUAAUUUUUAAGGGUGCAAAAGUGUAUUCUCAAUGAUAACAGAAUUGCAUUUUACCAGAAAGCAGCAUAGUAAAUUUAGACUGUUCAGAGGUGAAAUAUUCAGUAUUUAGGACCUAACAGUGGGGCAAACAAGAGACCAAUUAGAAAUUUGGCAUCAAAUUCAUAGAUAGAGGGAAGGUCUGUGUCACGGGUGCGCUCUGGCAGUCGCACAGACACUAGUGUUAGCGUCUUUGGUAGGGUUGAUGUAGUUGCUCUAUCCGCCCUGGUCCCAGAUCAUUGUGUUUGCUGAGUUUCUUCUUAAUUAGACCCUGUGCUGGUUCCCAAUCCGAGCUGAUUUUAUAUCCACAGUCCCAACUGAUAAGAUUAUCUGUGGUGCAGAUUUUGAUGGCUCCUUUAACAACACUGUCCCUAGUAUUUGGAAGUCUGUGCUAAAAUUAUGAUAUGUACAUAUUCCAUUGCACAAUUCUCUUACAAACAGUACUCGGUGACCGCCAGCUUGUUGGGGUACAUUAGUCAAGUGUGCGGAUGGUAUUCAUGGCAUCAAUCUUUGAUGGUGUGUACUAUUUGUCCAAUACAUGACUUGCUACAUUGGCAUGGAAUCUAAUAAACCCUGACCUUUCACAGACUGAAGUCAUCUUUGACACUCCUCAAUAGUGCCUACUAUUUAUUGUCUUGUUCCCGCCCAAUAAAAUGUGGGUAUUACUAUGGAGUGUUGAGGCUGACCUCAACCUGCAGAAGGCCGGAGUAUAUUAGAUUCCAUGCCAAUGUUGCAAGACAGAUAUCAGAUAAACACUAGGCACCAUCAAAGAUCGAUCUUCGAUGGUGCGCGUUGUUUGUCCAGUACGUUGUCUUUCCAAUAUUGGCACAGAAUCUGAUAUACACUGGCCUUCUGUAGGCCAAGAUCAUUUUUGACACUCAAUAAUGCCUGUGUUUUACUGUCUUGUUCCCGCCCAAUAAAACACAUAUUGUUGGAGAGUAUCAAAAAUGACCUUGUUUUGCAGUAGUCCAGGGUAUAUCAGAUGAAGUGCCAAUGUGUCAGGGCAUACAUUAGACAAACAGUGCACACCACCAAUGAUUGAUGCCAAGAACAUGAGCAGGACCCUUAGCUAACGUAAGUGCAGACUUCCAAAUACUGGGACAGUGUCGUUGGAGCAACCAUCAAAAUUCACCUCAGGGAUAAUCUUAUCAAUUGGGACUUCAACUAUCAUUUCAGCAAGGCUUGUGAACCAUCACUGGGUCUAGUUAAGGGGACACUCAGGAAACACAAUGAUUUGGUGAAUAGUGUGGAUGGAGCAACUACAUCGAUGCUACCGGAGGUGCCUACGCGAGGCUCUCUGUGAGUGCUGAUGUGCCCUCUCAGAUGCAGACUACAGGGAACGGCUUGUGGUGGGAGGGUAUGUCAUUCACGCACCCUCAGAAGCCCAGUUCAUCAAUGCAGCUGACUAUGGUGCCAUGUCUGAUUGCCAAAAUAUGUACUGCCACACCGAUACUUCUUAGUCAUGGUGAUUGUUCAUCUGCAGCACACACACUUACCUGGUCUGAGUAAGGUGAUGCAAUGGUCAUGAUACUAGAUUUAUAUUAGGGAGAAGUUGGUGUAAAUUUCUGUUCAUCUACCCUGGUUUUGAGUUUGUGUUGGUUUCAAAUCAUUUGUUCCAAUAAAGCCAUAUCUGGUAUCCUUUUCUAUUCUUGUCCAAAUGCCCUGUGUCUGAUGACUUAUAUGUUGACAGGACUUUAAACUAUUCCAUACUUACUUACUUAAUUACUUACGUACACUGGAUUCACUUAUCUCGCAACUUUUACAGUUUGACAUCCCGCUAACCUCCAACAAUAUGUAAGAAGACUCAUUUUGUGACUAUGAAGUGAUAAUGGCUUUUAAUAUACAUUUCAUUGUAGAUUAUGAACCUUAUGCUUGAAAAAAUGUUUUGCAAAAAUGUUACUUGCUUACUUUAAGCAAAAUUAAAUGUGUGUGCCUGAUUUACUUCUCUGUGCAGUCUCUCUUUUAUACUAGUAUCUGUUCCUCAUGUGUUUAUUGAUACUGACAGUUGUGAUCUUGUGGCAUUCCAAGCAUUUUUACAGUAAAAUAAUGCAAUUUUUAUGACUGAGAAGGGACACUUACAACAAAAACAAAAAAACUUUCUUUGAUGAUAGGUUAUUGGAACUACACAACCUUUCUGCUAAAAGUGAGUUUUCUGCUAUGUGUAAAGGGCUAAUUGAAAAUUUCACAGUGUGUCGUACCAAACAGUAUAAUUUUGAAACAUAUUGAUCUUCCAACAUCAUAUUCUCAAACUUAUUUCCAUUGUCUUCCCUUUAUUGCUCCAGUGCAUUGCACUAGGUAUGGAAUAUUUGUCUUCUGUUAUGCCAAGCAGUUGUGUACAUCUACAGUCAAUUCCUUUUCUGGGGAGGGAAGGAGUAUUUACACCAAAAUUCCAUUUUUUAUUUAAAAACUAAUUGAAGUGUGAAAGGUUCGAAAACUGUUGAAGUUAUUUUGUGGAGAAAUGGUUCAUGCUUCAUGCUUUAGUUUGACAGACACAGAACAUUUGAUAAUGUAGCUUUUCCUGUAUGAGAGAAAUUCCAGUUUCCUUAAAGAAAGAGGCCUUAAUCAGUGCCUCUCUCAUCAUUUAAAUUAUUAUUAUUCUUUGUAUACUCUUUACUCUCUUUUGUCUUAAUUUUCUGGGAGGUAGCAAAUCAGUAAUAUCUCUUUUAUGUUCAUAAAGAUAUAAGGAAGAAUGUCCUUUUGAACCAGUUGUAGAGUUGUUGGAGUAACUGUAAGGAUAUAUUCGACUAGGAUGAAUGAAUGUCAUAAUAAAUGUAAUUUUGUAUAUGGAACAGUUGAAAAAGAAUUAGAUGUACAGGGCAUCUAAUAGAAUUUUGAAUGCGCUAAAUACUAGUUAACGAUAAUGGUUAUUACCAGUUUUGGUUGUUGUUGAUGUUGUUGUUAUUGUUAUUGGUCUCAGUUAACAUAACUGAUCUAAAUUUCCUAUAACAGUAGUGAAAAAUAUAACUAGUGACAAUAUGUGUCUUAUUGUUGGAUUUGGAUGUGCACAGAAAACAAGCUGAAUGUGACGUGGUGUGCGUUUUUAGCUUUUGUUGUCUGUGACUUGUGUGCUGCAGUGAGUCCAGAAAUUGAGAAGAAUGCUUCAUAGGAUUGGCAUGUUAUUUACUUUAAGGACUCUUCAUGUAUCAUUUAGCUUAAAAGUGAUAUGAGGGUACAGACUGACUUUUACUUGUGUAAGAUUGCUGAAGUAUGCAUUGUGAUUUUAAAUUAUUUGUCUUUAAUUUAUGUAAGAGUAAAGCUGGCUAGUUAUCUUGGCUCAUUUUUAACGGGGACAAAAUAUGCCAUGUAAAUGACCAAGAUUUUAAAUUCUUGUGUUUUUUGCCUGAUUGAAUUGUUACUUCUACACAUUCUUUUGGCAGACUGGCUGCCAUCUUCAGGUGAUUGCUGAUGAUUCAUGAACUUAGUCAGCAGAGGGAGUGAGGAGAGAGUGGUGACCUUUUAUAUUACAGGACCCCCAGUGGAGCAGUCAGUCAUUCAUCAGCAACCACCUGCAGAUGGCAGCAGGUACGUCACCAAAAAUUUGUGCCAAACUGAUAAUUCAGUGCGGCAUAAUGGCCGAGAAUAAUUUGAAAUAUAUUAUGGCAAGAAAAUUUCUGACCACAAACCAGGCAGUUGUAAAUAUUUCAUCCUAAAAUGAUAAUCUGCUUAAAUUUACUUGUCAAAAGGAAAAAUUAAUUUAUUGCUAUUGUUGACAUUUGCAUGGUAUUCUCCAAAUACAAAUGUAUGUGUAUUGGUUUCCAUGGUGUAGUUGCAUGUCAAUGAGGUCAUGGUGGUACACAGAUAACUAACUAGGUGCUCAGCUCAUCUGACAUUGGUGUUGUAAAAACUUCCAGUCUACUGAAAUUAUUUUAUUACUUAUGUGUGGUAAUGUAAUUUGGAUACAGUGACUGACAAUGAAAAUAAUUAACGAACCAGCAUAUAUUUAUCUUAGUUUGACUGUUGCAAAAUGCAAUAUGAUGUCUUUGUGCUUCCAGGAACAAAUAUAUUAAUUAACAUGAUGAUAGACACUUUUCCUUUGAAUAUAAAUAAUGAUAUGAUGAAAAACAACCACACCCUAUACAAAACAGAUUUUGACAACAAUUAACAAGCACAAACCAUGUUCUCCUAACUAUGACUUGGUUAAAAAAAAUUUGUGUUUGGCAGAGCAGGUACAUGUGUGUGUGUGUGUGUGUGUGUGUGUGUGUGUGUGUGUGUGUGUGUGUGUGUGUGUGUGUGUGGGCUGCCUGCCUGCCUGCCUCCCCCCCCCCCCCCCAUAUCUCUCUCUCUCUCUCUCUCUCUCUCUCUCUCUCCCCCCUUGAGAAAGGUGAGGAAUGGAAAGAGUGUUUGAAGAGAGCAGGAAGGGGGGGGGGGGGGGGGGUGCGCAUAUUUGUGGUUUCUAGUGAAAAACAAAAUUGCUGUAUCUAAAAUGAACAUACAUUGCCUUCCUUUGUGUCUAUUUGUUGCUUAAUGUAUGUUUUUAUAUAUAGUGGGUUGUUGCCUUCCAUCAUAUCAUUGUGAAGAAAGAAUAUACUUAGUUCAAAAAUUUAUUUUCCAUUGGGAAGGAUUGCUGUGCUCUGUAUCUCUUCCACUGUCAGUUGUCACUGUUUGUGGAAGUAUUAAGAGGUAUGCAUUGUCUGCAGGCUCAAGUUAUAUAUUGUGACCUUAGUUCGUUGACUCCUUGCCCCACCCCCACUCUGUUCCCCUACUGCCAAGUAUGUAUACAUUCAUUUUUCACAUAUAAAAGAGAGAUUGGGUGGGUGUGCUGCAUAGGUUGCAGCUAUCAUGGAUCACAAAACAUACACAGCAAAUACAGCUGCAAGUCAAAUUUCAUAAAUUCUUGUCAGAACACUUGCUAUCUGUUAUUAAUGGGUAUAUUAAUAAUGUUCUUAAAUGCCAUCUUAUAUGGAGUUUAAAAAUAUGGUAGGUUAUAUUCUGCCAAAAAUAUGUCAUUUAAUUUGUCAUAACAAAAAUAGACAACUGAUCAUUCACUCAUAGCUCUAUCAAAACUGUACUCCCAAUUUAAUUAUUUCACUGUUGUGGUAGUAGUAGUUGUUGUUGUUGAAUUAAUGAAUGCUUCCUAUGGUUUCUUGUGCACACACCUACAGGAGACAUGGAUAUUGUCAUCGUGUAUGCUUAACUGUUAAAGUAAGCAGAAAUUUAGUAUCAAUCACCAACAUUUUGUGCCUUAAUCCUCAGGAAAAGAUCAUAUCUCAGUCUGAAGGCUAACUUGAACACUACAGAAGUUGUAACACUUUAGUUAGAAUACCCUGAUUAAUGUGGUUUCCUCCUCAUUUCUCCAGUCUGUUUACCUAUUUUCACAGCCAAUAUGAGGAAAUACAAAAUCUCAUUUUGAAGCCAAACCAUUGUGUAACUAACUAGAAACUCAUUAUAUACAUAAAGAUUUUAUAAAUGUCAGUACUUCGUCAAUAGACUGAUAAAAUAUCAGUGUAUUGCAGAUUUUAAGCUUGGAUCCUCCCACUCUUCAUUAAAAUCCCACAGCUACUUGAGCCACCAGUCUCCAUGUGAUACCUCAGGAGCAGAUAGCAUAAGAUUAUGUUCAUUUGGAAGCCAGAAGACAUGUCUGUGAUUUGUAUGAGUUAGAGAGUACUGCAUUACUUUGGUUUGGCUUGUUCACACAUAUACUUUUUAAAAUUAAAAAAAAGAUAUAUUUCAUAUUUAUGUCUCUGAAAAAGUUAGUUUUGUAACUUUUAAAGUUGCAUCUGAUACUGAAAACAUGGAUAAAUGUUCAGAAAAUAAUGUUACCUGUGCACUCUGAAAAUGAGUCAGAUCAUUAGGAUCUCUAGUUUCAGAAACAAAUUUUCGUCUUGAAUGAGUCAGUGAUUUGUUUCUUCCUAAAGUCUCUCUUGAAAGUGCCCAUAAGUAUAUUUGUAAAUUGAUUACAGUGUACACUGAGUGUGAUUUGUGUAUGUUAGAAUAUAGUGCAAACUGGAUACAAGUGUUUCCUAUUUCAAUUAUGUAUGAGAGCUUUUAUUUUCUAAUAAAGGAAAAAGCUGCUAGAGAGCACAUGAGCCAUUGAUCUCUUGAAGCCCAGUGUAAUCUAUGAUAUCUCAACAGUCAUCUUUAAUAUCUAGUCCACUGGCUGCGCAUUAGCAAAUGUUUUCAUUGUAAAAGUCAUUGUAUAUUUGAAUCAUUUAAUGAGCACAGAAUUUUUUGUGGAUGACUUUUCACAUGGUGGUAAUUUGUUUUAUGUAAGAUCAGUUCAAUUAACUAAAUAUCUGUGUUUGUAAAAGUAGAUUUUAUAUUUUAGAAAUGGCCAUAUAAAUGAUUUCCAUUUGAGCAAAUCACAAAAGUCAUAAUUAUUACUAAUACAAUGUGACAACAUUAUGAUGGAAAUGAGUGAGAGCACUCAGUUAGCAGGGUGCACAAGUAAGGGAAAACGCACAGAUACACUGUGUAAGGCAUUUGGAUUAUGUGAAACCUAAAUCUGUGACCUUAAUGAUGUUGAUAUAUUUGAUUAAUGUCUAAAUAUUUCUUCAUAUAUUGUACAUUUUGUACCUGGACUUGUACUGCAAAAUGCAAACGGAUGGAGGGGGUGGGAGACAGACAAACAAAGAGGGGGAGCUAUUUACGUUAAUUGAGAGAUCUUAUCCCCACCCCAUUUUCCCCAUCUUGAUAUUCCAUUAUCAAUUAGUGAAUUAAAAGUAAAAAAAAAAUGCUUGUAAUGAAGAGCUAAGACAUUUGUGCUCAUUAUGUGGUUCUUAAAUACUGUCCUUUUGUCCAUGUUUGAAAGAGAUAAGAAACUUGGAUUAUGUGUGGUACAAUGUGUGUUGCUUAUGAAAAUUGUGAUGAUCUAGCAAAUCGUAUAUAUUUUUGUCUGUACUGAAUAUUUAGUUUCAAUGCCAAUAAAUCAUUAUUCUAUUCUUCCUAAGUACAAACAUCAGGGUUCUGCAUGAAGAAUGUGAAUGUACCAAAAAUAUUUGAUUAAUAAAGACUUCUUUGAAAAUAG